AGGUGGUAUUACUAUUGGGAUUGGAGGGCGGAAACGAUAGAGCGGGAUUCCACGUGAAAUCCUAUCCGUUGGUUGAAGAGAAUUCUGCCACAACGAGAGGUCACGCAAACUCCUUCCCCCCAUCGCCGCGAUUCCCUUCUCCGACUCAAACCCUAAUUCCGAUCGCAUCCAUGGACCUCCACGCGAUUACCAUUGGGUUUUCUUAUCCCUAGGGUUUACUUUCUUGAGGGAUGGAUGUCCCUCGUUCCUCAGUGAUGGAUCCGUGCUCUGAGGACCUCGCAGCGCCGGACUCGUGGGAGAUGGCGGAUCUCGACGAGAGCAUGACCCGUCUCCUCCUCUCUACCUCGAAGAAGACUCCGAUCGCUGCAGCUUCGUCUUCGUCGCUGGGAGACUUCGAUGAUGAAGCGUCAACGAUCCCUGUAUCAUCUAUGGUCGCUGCGGAUGGCGGUGAUCGGGGUGUUGGCGUCUCGGAGGAUGCUUUCAGCCAGGUUGAUCAAUUCCUCCGUGAGGCCCUCGAGAAGCCGCGUGAACGGCUUUCUAUUUUAAGGAUGGAACAAGAUAUUGAGAAAUUUAUUCGCGAUCCUAAUCAACAGCAGCUGGAAUUUCAAGGCCUUCCAACUUCCUACCUACGAUUGGCUGCCCACCGUGUGGCACAACAUUAUUACCUUCAAUCAGUGGCUAUUCCAGACAACAGUUUACCUGAUGGGUCUGGAUCUCGGAUAGUUCUUCGAAAAACUACUGAAUGUAGGUUCCCACCUGUUCGUCUUGCAGAUGUUCCUAUCAAUCUACCACAGGAAGAUGAGCAUAAUGUUCUUAAGGUUGCAAUCAAACAGAGGCCACAAAAACGCACACAAAUCAUUGGCAGUUCAAGUGUAAAUUCUUCGAGUAAUUCUCAAAAAAGUGUUGAGGAAAGAAAAGAGGAAUAUAACAGGGCUCGUGCACGUAUAUUUAACAGUAGUACUUGUAGCGUUGACAUCCCGCCAAAAGUAGAAAGUGAAUUAAAAGGUGAACCUAUCCUGCCAGAGAGUCUUGAGGAUUAUUCCUUGGUACCAUCUGGUUCAGAUGAUAAGUCCUUGGCUGAAGGACAUGAAAUUAAUCGUGUUAGGAGUUUUGGUGACUCUUCAGUUAGUAGCAACAGAGCAAAUAGAAACCGGUCAGAGAAAGAACCUGUUGUCAGUAGGUACAAACCUGGCAAUAGAGUAGCCAUUUUUCGGGAUCGUGAGGUGGAUCGCAAGGAUCCUGACUAUGAUAGGAGUUAUGACAGGUACAUGCAAAGAUUCGAUCCUGGGUUUGGAUUUAACAGUGGAGGCUAUGCCAUCCAACCAUUGUAUUCCCCUGCUGUCAAUUACAAUACUGAGUUUCCUCAGCUCGGUUCUGGCCAUAGGCCGCCAGUUCCGAUUGAUCACCAUCCUAGGGCCAUACCUCAACAUUUACGAGGACCUUGGUCAGCAGCAUCAUCUGCUGUAGGCUAUGGCCAUCCGGAGGGUGUGAUGGGCCCAUUUGGUCCGAAUCAAGUCAGUGCGCAUGCUAUGCCUUCAAUUUACAUGCAUUCCCAGUAUUCUGUUCCUCGUCCUGGAAUACCAUUUGUCCAGUCCCAUGAACAUCUUCAGCCUUUUUCUCAGAAUCAUCAGCAGCAAACUGAACCCAGUUUUGGAUUAGCCCGGCCCCGCUGAGGGGCUUGGGCAUGCCUGCACCUGCCAGCCAAUGUACUCAGUGCUUGAAAAGUGGAUGAUUACAGUCCAGUGAUGUUUCACAAUUGGUGGCUGGGGAACUGCAGGCAUAAAGAACUGAGGACGGCCAGAACAAUCUAUGUGAUCUAUGUGUUCUAGCUUCCUCAGAUGUUAUUGGUGCUUCUUGGACCCCAAAUACAGGAAGUACAUUAUUGCCAAUAUCACUUUUAUUCUGUGACUGAUAUCAGAAUCCUUGGUCCAGAUAAAGUUAACUGGCUUCAGCCAAGAUGUAUAUAUUUGGUUGUAGUUGAAGGUUAGAUAUCAGGUUGGAUUCUAAUUCCUGGCUCUCCAACUCUUGAGGUAUCUUGGUGUGGUGUUUCAUUGUUUUUGCUUUUAUUUUUUCUCUGGCAGCACCAUAGCCCACUGUUUUGUGGCUGAAUGCGGCAAAGAAAUUGGUUACUCUGCAAUGUGGUGGGAGCUCUUUUGCCCUCCAGGAGACCUGGUUGGCGAGAGAAGGAAGACAAAGACUUGGUUUAUGCUGGCCCUAAUCAUCGUGCGCUGUGGACAAGCACUUGUUCAUGGUUUUCUAGUGGCACAUGAAUUUCAAUUCUAAAAACAAAUUUCUGUAUUAUAAUCACAUUUGACCAUAUUUUAAGACCAAUGUACUACAGCUGAUCUCUUGUAGGCCAUAUUUUCUGACUAUUUUUAGCUGUUUGAGUAACAAUUUAAUUUUUUAGUUUUGCUA